AACACUAAUACUGAAACACUCGGACAUAGCGCACCUCCCAUUUGCUCUGCUCCGGUUCCCACUUGACAUCCGUUUUCUCACAGUUUAAUUCUGACACUCGUCAUAUGUAGAGGCUUCAGUCAUGAGCUAUGAAGCUCCUCUCCAUGAACCGCUGCUUAGAUCUGAGGCUGAAGGCCUCGACUCGUCUCCCCCGUCACUUGAAUCUCCAGAGUGGUGUGGGAAACAUGAAGAGGGCCUGUCUAUGUUCUGUUUGGAUGAUCUGGAACCCUUGUGUCAACAAUGUGCAGCUGUGAACCAUGUAGGACACAGAGUUUACCUUUUAACUGAGGCUGCAGUUGAUUGCAAGGAGGAGCUCAGAACAUCUCUAACAGGAUUGAACAAGAAAGUGAUUGACUUGGAGAAAGUUUCACAGACCUAUAAACAUGCGUCCAAGUAUAACCAGGCUGAGGCCAAACUGACAGAGGAGCACAUGAAGGCAGAAUUUGAGCAGCUCCACCAGUUUCUGAGAGAGGAGGAAGCAGCCAGGCUACAAGCUCUGAGGGAGGAGAAAGAGGAGAAGAAGUUGGAUCUUGAAGUAAGGAUGGACAAUAUGAAUCAGCUGAUAAAAUCUCUGGAGGAGAGGAUCCAGCUGAUUGAAGAGGAGCUCGAUGCAGGAGGUGAUGGAGUGGAAUUCUUACAGAACUACCAAGACAACAUGAAUAGCAAAUGGAUGGAUCACAAGACGCCAGGGAAGGUUUCCAGACCUCUUAUAGAUGUGGCAAAACACUUAGCUAACCUUCAAUAUGCUGUGUGGAAGAAGAUGGAAUGUGUCGCCCCCUACACUCCAGUGACCCUGGACCCCAGAACAGCUGGCCAGUCUGUGAGGCUGUCUCCUGGGCUUAACAGUGUCCACAUCUGCCCUGGAUCUCUACAGCGGCUGGAACAGAAUAUGCAUGAAGCUGUGGUUGUCCCUGGCAACCCUGAACGUUUCCACCCUUAUUCCCGCAUUCUAGCAAGAGAAGGCUUUAACACAGGAGUGCACUGGUGGGAUAUUGAGUGUCAACAGAUGGCAUGAGUCGGAGGAAGAUGGGGCGUGCGUAGGAGGGUAGAGCUUUUUGUACAGCGAUCAAGAACACAUCAAGGUCCAAUUGGCCUCCUGCAGGAGAUAUUGCUGCCAUACCAGCCUUCCCCUCCACCCCUGCACACAAACAGUUUGACAGACAAGCACGACAAUGAAUAGAAGAUUGGAUAAGACAUGUUUUUUCCAUCCUGACUGUGUCAUCUCAGCUGUACCUGGUACAGAUACUCCAUAGACGGCUACAUCAGUGUGUCCCAGCAGUCCGCUGAGGACUCCUUCCACCUCUGUGGUGGAAACGUUCUCCCCCCGCCAACGAAAUGUGUCGCCGCUGCGGUCCUUAAAGUACAUGUAGCCAUAUUCAUCCAUCACUAGCACGUCACCUGAUGGACAGAAACAGAAAUAAUAACAACUGUUGUCGCCUGUGUAGGUCAUGGUAAUCCUAAGACCUUCAGGAGAAGGCAACUGGACUUAUGAUUUUGGUUCCUGAAAACUGAAGAUUUCAAAUUGACUGACAAGGAGUCCCAGUUAUAUUUUGUCACCCUCAAAUCACCAGAAACCUACACAAACAGACCAAUGCCUACUGUUUGACUUCAACAACCCAAUAAAACAGAAGGUGGGCUUAUCAGAACCUUACAGUACCGGGCAGAGAAUGUCCCUACCAAGACAAAGGGUAAAGAAAGGCAGCACAUGGUUUUUAAAAAAAGCUCUUAAAAUCUGUGGUUAUUCCAAAUGGGUCUUCACAAAGGUAGCAAAGAGCUGUGGGAAAAACAGCACAAUAUCAAACAGAGAAGAAACGACAAUGUGUCUGAGAAUUCUGGCCAGUGAAGUGUAGUAUCUGAUCUGAUAUGAGUUCUGAUAGUUGUUGACCAUAGAGUGAACUUUUAACUAACAGGUGGUAGUAAGUACUGAGAAUGUGUUUUCGGCUCCAGAAACCCUAUGCUGUGUUGACAUUGGGGUCCACUGUUAACCUAUAGCUGACCUGUGACCCUUGGGAAUGUGCAGAGUAGGGGGUUUUUGUCUGAGGAGGUGUUGUUCUUGAGUAGGGGUUUAAACCAGAUGUUGUAAUUCUAUCCUUUACCAGAGGGUAUAAAAUGACCACCAGCCCUUUGUUCAAGUGGGAUUUUCAUAUUGGCUGGGAAACUCUCCACAGGCAGACCAUGGUGCCUGUUCAGAUGCUGUCUUAUUUAUGUAAUAAAUUAUAUCAAAAAAGUAACAGUGUCAAUGGACGUUUUCUUCAACAUCUACACAUCCUUGAGGUUUAAGAGAAACUACGACAAAAAGUGGCGACGAGGAUGGGAUCAGUUUGUGGUCUCCUUUGAGGUCACCGACAGCUCCAGCGCACUUUUCCACCGCUUCAGAGAAGGAGAAGAGAGAAAGGACUGGUCAGAGAGAGAAGAGUGAGUAUGUUUCUCUCACAAUGUGGGGUGCUGGUUGGUGCGUGGAAGCUGAGGGUGCUUGGCUGCACUGUAAAGGAUCAUGUGUGCAUAUGCCAGGAUGUGUUGAGGUUUAGGAUAGCGUUCGGUCUAAAUUGGGGGGUUUAUUGAUAGAUAAAAGUUGAGUUACAAGAAAAAGAGUUUAUUGUGUUAAAGAGAGAAAAAAGUAAAGAGUUUAUAGAGUAUAAGAGAGAGAGUUCAGAAGUGAAGAGAGAUGAGGCUGCAGCAAUAGAGUAGAGAAGAGAAAUAGAAGUUGAAAUGUUGAAGUUGAAGAGGUAAAUGUAGAAUAGCAGAACUAGUAGCGAUGGAGCAAGCUAAAUAACCAUGCAAGUUUAAUGAGACAGGCCUGAAUCUUGUUAAGGGUAAGACAUGUGUAAAUUAGAUGCUUUAAGUGCAAGUUGGCUUUUGAGUAGUCGAAUUGGUGUUUAGAAAAAGAAGAGGACAGAGUGGAUUUUACCUUUGGGGCCCAGAGGUCAAUUGGCAAAGUGAAAAUAUAGAGAGGAAGAGAUGAGAUGAAGAGAGACCAAGUGAAGAAGAGGAAAAGAGGCCUGAAGAAAUAGAGUUUGAGAAGAAGAGGAAUGAGGAUGACAAGGGAAGCCGCAGAUUUGGACAAAGCCCUCUGGGAGGCAGGUAGCUCUGGCCACAAACCCUGUUAUGUGAAUAGCCUACAUGUAACAGGUCAGUUCAUUGAACUGGGGAUAUAAUGAUUAUAUUCAAUCGUAAAUAAGUUCCCUCUCAAGUUCCCACCGGAAGACGUCACGGUGUCCGAAGCAGCUUCUCGAUUGGAUGAUUUAUAUCCCAGAAUGGUAGCACAAAUUUAGAUGAUAAGGGAGAGAGAGAGUUGGAGGAGCGGCUUAAGCAUGCUUUUAGGAUUUGUGUGAAUGACUUGACACUGGGAUUGGAUGCUGAGAGUGUUGUGGAUGAGGUUGAGUAGGCCUAUGUGUUUUAUUUUGUGAGGUUGAUUUGUUUGAUAGUGUGUUGAAUGUGGGUGCUUUAUUCUGUGAGUUUGUGUCGGCGCCUAUGUCUGCAUCUGGGUGUGGGUCUGGAGUGCACGCCAGCUCCUCCCUGAUGUGUGUCUGUGUCUGUCUGUGUGUGUGUAUGCUGCAGCGACUGUGUGCGUGGGAGAAUUUUGGCCAAAAUGAAACAGAUAAUGAAUACAUAGAUGAAUAUAGGGGAUAUUUCUGAUUGAGUCGACUUUUGUAACUGAUAUGGAUAUAUAUAUAUAUAGAAUAGUCUUCUUAUUAGAUAGAUAUAGAGAGAGGUUGUUGCCUCCUCAGUGUUGAAUACCUAUGAUCCCUUCUGCAGGGGGGACGUUUAUGAAGUUGCUGAAUCCGUAUGAGCCUUAUGAGAGGACUAUUGUGAAUUGAUAAUAUAUCUGAGCCUUAUAGUGGAUGUGUAUACAUCUGAUGAAUAUAUGGGAGCCUUUGCUGAGUCUGAGGAGAAGUAGAGACUCUUGAGGGAAUUUAUUAGUUGGGGGACAAUUAAAUGACUUAAAUGUUGAUGAAGAGAUGAGUGCAAAUUGCAAUGAGUGGUUUUUUGGGGUGAUGUGGAAGAUUGAUGGUGAUCAUAUGACAUUAACCCUUUGUUUUGUUUUUCCAAUGUUCGACUGUGAUGUGUGAGAAUUGUGGAGGAGACUGAGGAGAUGGAAUGUGUCUGAAUCCGAUCCUCCAUGAGGACAGAUGAGAGGACAGCUGAUGGUGCUCUACAUGAGCUGAAGCUUUGCGGAUGACAGCAUGUGUGGCUCUGGUGUCUGACGUCACCAAGGCUAGUGUGAUUUUAUCCACAAACUGUUUUUGAUGUUGUUUUGCUUAUGUACGCAUAUGUUUAUUGAUGAUAUUGGGGACAUAUUUAGUCUGUUCACAUAUCGGUCCACGGUGUUUCCUUUAGUUUGGGGUCAAUGAAGCACAUCUGUGUAUACAUAGAGGGGAUGUUUUAGUUAUUGGAGAGGAAGCUUGGCAACAGACUGACCAUCUGAGGCAUUUAAGUGAUUAGUAGAUCAUUAGUGAUUGAGAUGAUUGUUGAAUAUUUG